AUGGCGUGCUGGCCUUGCUGCGUCCCCGACGUACACGUGCUCCUCCAGCUUGUACUCGGACGAGAUGGGUAUACCAUCCUAACCGAUCUGGAUUGCUGCUCCGACAAACGGCGAUGGCCAAUCUACUCGGUCUCCUUCAAAGUGCUAGUCAUCAGUGUCGGCGAAGGUCAGCCUGGGUACAAUCUCCAUGUGUUCAUGCCCGCUGAGUGGAGCUGGAGCACGCCUAGACAGUUCUUUGGCACUCUGGAGCACGGCGUGCAUGUGGUGCCCCAGCAGGCCAACGCCGUCGUGUGCCAAGGCGCGGCACACUGGCUUUUCAGGCAAACGUCAAGCUUUUACACACUCAGUGUGUGUGCUAAGACUGCCCACGUGUCCUUAAGAAGGCUCCCAAUCACGCCGAACCACCUCGGCCUCAACUUGUAUAGUGAACCAAUGCUUAGUGCAACCAAUGACGGGAUGCUAUCGUUGCUUCGCUUGUAUAGGAAAUGCACCAUGCUGGAGAUCUGGACAUGUCAAGGUGAUAACAAGAGUGAGGACGGCAAUGUGGACCGCUGGUACCGCACAAAGAUGAUGAAGCUAAAACGGCCCACACAGAGUAAGAUCAACCUUGUGCGAUGCGUGUGUGUCGGCGAGAUGAGUGGCAAGCUGCUGGUCAAUGACAACCAAGGUUGUGUGUACAUUGUAGAUCUCCAAACUGGUGCAAUGGAGACGGUCACGGAGUGGUUUCGCGGCAGUGUCGAGAGUGCUAUACCCUUUGAGAUGGAUUGGCCUGCCUACUUCAUUUCUAAGUUGGCUGGUGGCAGGAUCAAGCGGACUAAACUGGGAGGAGCUAUACAGAAAAUUACGAAAUCUUUCUGGGGACUAGUAGUUGUGUCAGUAAUCUUUGGACCAAUUGCUAUGAGGCGGGCUUGGGCCUAG